AUGGCCGACCCUAUUUCGAUUCUCUCGGCAGUUGAUCUUUGUAUCAAAUAUGGCACCACAUUGUACCAUUUAUGCGUCUCGUUCCGAAAUGCCAACGGCGAUAUGGUCGAAAAGCUUCUUCGCGUGAAAAAUUAUUGGAUGAGAGCAGAAGUCCAAUUGGGCGUGGUGCGAGAGAUGGCGGAUGAGCUCAGUGAAAAGCAUCACAUAUUGGUUCACGAGACUAUUGCAAUGCUUGCCACCAAACUAGAAAUUUCUGUUCAAAAUCUCGAGUCCAUGGUCAAAAGUAAUGGAUCAGGAGACGAAGAGCUGAAAGUCCGUCGCUUGAAAUAUGCGUUCAUGAAAGAAAAGAUCGACAGAGCCAUUGAGGAUUUAAAAGAGUGGCAGGCACUUUUUGAUCCAUCAUGGUAUUUGAUCAUGAAGAUUGGACGCCCGCAUGUUGACUCCGGGCUCAAAAGUCACCGCAAGUCUUCUGAAGUCGAAUACAAAGACCCAAUAUCCCCUGCCCAGUCCAUCAGAGUCGCCUUGAAGAACAACGAGGAACAAAUGCGCCCACUUCGAUUCCCUAUGGAUUUCCUCAACGAAAUCAAUCCGCAAAGGAUCCCUUUUUGUUCGGCAAAAAUAGGCCGAAGACCCGGCCACGAUCAAUCACUCAUAGUGGAAACAGUCGAGCCUCUGCCCGGCGCAAAUGUUAGUGACCUCAAAAGGGAUGUACGAGAUCUUGCCAGAAGACUUUCCACCUCCAAUGCCGUCGAAUUCGGGCUUCUCAGCUGCAAAGGAUAUAUCUCACCUCGCAGAUCCGAGUCUGCUCAGCCUGGCACAUACGAGCUGUCUAUAAUAUCCCGAGUUCCGACAUCAAAAUCAAAGCCUCGUACGCUCCGAGACUGGCUUGUGAACAUGCGCUGUACGGAUUCUCUAUCAGACCGAUUUAAUAUCGCUAGCGAGCUUGCUCGGGCCGUUCAUUCUGUUCACUUGUUUGGAUUUGUGCACAAGAACAUCCGACCUGAAAGCAUCCUACUGUUAGGAAAUGAUGACUUUUCCAUUGGCUCUGCAUUCUUGAUUGGAUUUGAUAGCUUCAGAAUGGCAUCUGGUAAGACGUUACGCAGGGGCGAAGCGUCCUGGGAGCGGUGUUUAUAUCAACACCCCGAUCGAUUUGGCACUGUAUCUUCUGAAGACUAUAUCAUGCAACACGAUAUCUACAGUCUUGGUGUUUGUCUGCUUGAGCUGGGACUUUGGGACUCUUUUGUUUCCUAUGCAGAUGCUGAGCCCAUGUCCAGUGAUUGGGAAUCAUUGUCGUUUGACCGCGCUCCUAUACUUGGGCCCGGUCGAGGAUUCCUUUUCCAGGAUCAAUUGUUGGCAUUGGCCCGAGGUGAGCUCCGGAGGAGAAUGGGAACCAAGUAUUCUGAUGUUGUUAUCACCUGCUUGACAUGUUUGGAUCCUGGGAAUGUCGACUUUGGAGAGGAGGAAGAUUUUGAAGACGAGGAUGGAAUUGAAGUUGGAGUCAGGUAUAUUGAGAAGGUAUGUCUCCCAGAUACCAAUUCAUAUUCAAUAUCACUAACGGGCAGGAAAACAAAGGUGAUCAUGCGUCUGAAUAGCAUGUGUGUGUAA